CUAAGAAAGUGGAAUAUAUAUCACCGCUGAAAAUAUUUCAGGCAAUCUGUAAAUCAUGAGGACUCUCGUCGUGUUUCUGUCAGUGGUAGUUACCUGUGUCGUCGCAGAACAAGUCUUGUAUGACUUCAAACACCACAUUGCUGUGAUCGUGAGACCAGGUGUUGGAUGUUAUGAAUACCAUAUGAACCACCAAGAAACGAGCGACGCACAGGAUGACGCCCUCCGUCCCGGCCUGGAGACUAAAAUGCUGGCAAAACUGAACUGCAGUUCUACAGUUACCGAGCAGGGUCACCACAGUGUUGACCACUUGUCCUCGGAGAUCAGACAAGCCUGCACUGGAAUUCCCAUUUACGGAUUCGAAUCCCAUCAAGAUUGUCUGACUUCCACUUCCGCCACACCAUGACGGAAAUAAAUUUCUACAAAAAUUA